AUGAUUCUCAUCGAUCAAUUUGAUAACUUCAACGAGCAGCUUCCUUCUUUUGAUCUCCCUACUUCGGUAAUUAGUAGCGUGGAAGGACGCAAACUUUCCGAUUAUAUGGCUACGAGAAGACGCCCGAUCGCAGGUAUCUUGGAGACUCGGGAAGUAAUUGGUGUAGAACUGGCACCAAAGAUGGCGUUGUUUUCCUCGAGAGGACCUAAUUCUGUAACACCUGACAUCAAUAUCAAACCCGACAUCACUGCACCAGGAGUCAACAUUUUAGCAGCAGCGCCACCGAGUAAAAAUCAAGCCGCCGAUGCAAUUUCGAACAACAUGCAUUCAGCUAAAACCAAGGACAACAACGGAAAUACCAUUCGCGAUCGGUCUGGGAAGCCUAUACCUUGCAGUUUUGUACCUGUUCCUCCAUACUUUCUCAACUACCCUUCCAUCGGCAUUGGAGCUAUGAGCGGGCAUAUGUCAAUUUAUCGAACGGUGACCUUCAAGGGCGGACGAAAGGACCCACAGAUAAUCAAAGUUUCUGUUGAUUCUCCUCCGGAUGUUGCCUCAGGUGCUUGA